AUGGGGAAAAAACGGUUCUCGAGGUUGGAGUUGGCCCUAAUACUCCUUUUCGUGGUGAUGUCAGUACUGGCCCUGACUUUCAUAAUUCUGUAUGCCACGAAACCAUCUGCCGAAGGUAGGCGAACCACACAACUCAACUUUGUUCCUCAGUGUCCCAACAUUCCUGUGGCUGAGAGAGUAGAUUGCUACCCUGAUGCUGGAGCCUCAAAGGAUACAUGUGUGCAGCGAGGAUGUUGCUGGAGCCCACUGAACGAGCGAAAUGCUCCCUGGUGUUUCUUCUCAACCAACCAUGGAUACACAGUGGUAUCAGAUGAUGCCCCAACUGCUUAUGAACUGAAUGCUCGACUGAAGAGACUGGACUCUCCUUCUUUAUUUGGUGGGGACAUACAAGAGCUGCAAUUCCACGCAGAAAUGCAGACAAGCAAUCGACUCCAUUUCAAGAUCUAUGACCCCAACAACAAGAGGUUCGAGGUCCCUCAUGAGCACGUCCGUACCGUCAACAGUGACCAUUCCAGCCCUAUCGACAACACACUGAGCAUAAGAUACAACCCCUUUGGCCUGUCUGUGAGAAGGAGUGAUGGCGGCCAAGUCCUGUUUGACACAAUGGGUCCACUGGUGUUUGCAGACCAGUACCUACAGCUGUCUGCAAAGCUUCCAUCCCAUAAUAUUUAUGGCCUGGGAGAGCAUGUCCAUCAACAAUAUCGCCAUGACACAAACUGGAGAACUUGGCCCAUUUUCACCAGAGAUGCUUUCCCUAAUGGGGGAACACAUAACCUCUACGGACACUAUCCAUUCUUCCUCUGUAUGGAGGAUGAGAGCGGUCAGUCAUUUGGGGUCUUUCUCAUGAACAGCAAUGCCAUGGAGGUGACUCUGCAGCCUGCCCCAGCGGUGACCUUCAGGACUAUUGGAGGAGUCCUUGACUUCUACAUCGUCUUCGGAUACACACCAGAGCAAGUGGUGCAGGAGUUCCUUGAGCUCAUUGGCAGGCCAGUUAUUCCUCCCUACUGGUCACUGGGUUUCCAGCUCUCUCGAUGGAACUACGGCAGCCUGGCUGAAGUUAAGGCAACAGUGGAAAGGAACCGUGCCGUCAGCCUCCCAUAUGACAUCCAGUACACUGACAUAGACUACAUGGAAGACAAGAAAAUUUUCACCUAUGACAAAGAAAAAUUCAGUGAGCUGCCUCAGUUUGCUGAAUACCUCCAUGAGAAGGGACAGAAAUACAUCCUCAUCCUGGAUCCUGCAGUGGCCACUAGUAAGAGGUUGGGGGGCGCUCCAUAUGAGGCCUAUGACCGCGGAACCUCGAAGAACGCUUGGGUCACUCUUUCAGAUGGGAAAACUCCUCUGCGAGGAGAGGUGUGGCCAGGAGAGACCGUAUUUCCAGAUUACACCAACCAAGACUGCAUCAACUGGUGGGUGGAUGAGUAUGCCAGACUGCACCGGGAGAUCAACCAUGAUGCCCUCUGGAUUGACAUGAACGAGGUGGCUAGUUUCGUGAAAGGAUCGAUAAACGGCUGUGCUGAUAACAAAUUCAACUACCCUCCUUUCACUCCAAGAAUUUUGGAUGAGGUGAUGUACAGUAAGACUCUGUGUAUGGAUGCCAAGCAGGCCUGGGGGGACCACUAUGAUGUCCACAGUCUCUAUGGCUACUCUAUGGUGCUGGCUAGUGAAAAAGCUCUGCAACAAGUGUUCGGAGGAAACCGUAGCCUGUUGCUGACCCGCUCCUCCUUUCCAGGUGUGGGGAAAUAUUCAGGUCACUGGCUGGGGGACAAUGGUGCCAAUUGGAACGACAUAAAAUGGGCCAUCCCUGGCAUGCUAGAGUUCGGGCUUUUUGGAAUUCCCUAUAUCGGCGCUGACAUCUGUGGCUUCUUUGAUGACUCCAGCGAAGAGUUAUGUCGUCGCUGGAUGCAGGUGGGGGCCUUCUAUCCCUUCAGUCGGAAUCACAACGCUGAGGGCUACAAGCCUCAGGAUCCAGCUGCAUAUGGCGCUGACUCACAGCUGGUGAACAGCUCCAAACACUACCUGACGAUACGCUACACACUGCUGCCUUACCUCUACACACUCUUCUACAAUGCCCAUACCAAAGGGGAGACUGUUGUCCGUCCUGUCAUGCAUGAGUUCUACUCUGACAAUAGCACCUGGACAGUGGAUCGCCAGUUCCUCUGGGGAAAAUACCUGCUCAUCACACCUGUACUAGAACCGGGUGUGGAACAUGUGUGGGCAUAUAUACCAGAUGCCAAGUGGUAUGACUAUGACACGAUGGUACCGCUGACAGAACGCAGAAUGCAUGUUAAUAUGCAUGUACCAGCUGAGAAGCUUGGUUUACACAUCAGAGGUGGUGCUAUCCUCCCAACGCAGAGACCUGAAGUCACCGUCACAUACAGUCGGCGUAACCCCAUGGGCUUGAUCAUUGCUCUUGAUGACGACGAUCAGGCAGCUGGGGAGCUAUUCUGGGAUGAUGGAGAUUCCCGAGACACAGUAAAGAAUGCCAAAUACAUCCACUACAAUUUAAGUGCUAUCCAGGGAUUACUGACAAUACAAGUGAGCCAUGCUGGCUACAAGGACCCAAACAACCUUGUGUUUGAUGACAUUACUGUCCUUGGGAUACCUGCUGCUCCAACGUCCGUCACUGUGACCCACGUUUCUACUGAAAGUGAUACAAACACUGUCACCACACUGUCGGCCGCCAACAUAGAGUAUGAUGACGUCAAAGAGGUGCUGUACCUGCGUAACCUCUCCCUAAACUUGGGCGACACCUACCUGAUAGAGUGGAUACUACCUAACACAGAUGCCCAGCGUAUUGACUGCCAUCCAGAGGAUAAUGCAGAUGAGGCUAAAUGUGAAGCCAGAGGCUGCAUCUGGAGGCCAAGUGCCACAGCCAAAGUUCCAGCCUGCUUCUAUCCAAAGGACUACGGUUACAUUGCUUCAAAUAUCGUAGAAACCAAUUCAGGCAUGACACUGGAUAUCACUCGGAACAAAAAGUACAGGAGUAAUCGUCCAGAUUCACCAGACAUCGACACCCUCCGUGUCGCUGUUUAUUAUCACAGCAGUGACAUGCUGCAGUUCAAGAUCUGGGACCCAGCCACAGAUCGCUACGAAGUACCAGUGCCACUUUCAGUUCCCGCUGUUCCUGAGACUGACGCGACCAAGAGGAAAUACGAGGUCCAAAUUGCAGAGAAACCAUUCGGCAUCAAGGUCAUAAGAAAAAGCACAAAAGCCACGAUUUGGGACUCCAGUUUGCCAGGUUUUACCUUCUCAGACAUGUUCAUCCAAGUGUCGACUCGACUGCCAUCUGAGUUUGUCUAUGGCUUUGGGGAGACGGAACAUACAAGCUAUAAACACGAUCUCAACUAUCAUACCUGGGGUAUGUUUUCCAAGGACCAGCCUCCUGGUUACAAGAAGAACUGCUAUGGAGUUCAUCCCUUCUAUAUGGGCCUUGAGGACACUGCCGAUGCCCAUGGUGUGCUGCUGCUCAACAGCAAUGCCAUGGAUGUGACUUUACAGCCCACUCCAUCUAUAACCUACCGAACGGUGGGAGGCAUCCUGGAUUUCUACAUGGUGCUUGGACCUACGCCCGAGAUGGUGGUGCAAGAGUACACUGCGCUGAUUGGGCGACCUGUUCUACCUGCCUAUUGGUCCCUUGGGUUCCAGCUCUGUCGGUAUGGUUAUGCAAAUGACUCGGAAAUAGAGGAUCUAUACAAUGACAUGAGGGCAGCUGGCAUACCCUACGAUGUGCAAUAUGCAGAUAUCGACUACAUGGAGCGUCAGCUGGACUUUGUCCUGGACUCGGAGUUUAAGGGACUGCCUGCUCUGGUUGACAGAUUGAGAGGAGAAGGCAUGAGAUUCAUCUUCAUUCUGGAUCCUGCCAUCUCAGGCAAUGAGACAACUUACCCUGCCUUUGAUAGAGGACAAGCAGCGGAUAUUUUCAUCAAAUGGCCCAAAGAACUCAGUGAUGAAAUUGUGUGGGGCAAGGUCUGGCCUGAUUACCCCAAUAUUGUAGUGGAUGAGUCACUGGACUGGGAUACCCAAGUAGAGCUCUACAGGGCUUACACUGCAUUCCCAGACUUCUUCCGCAAUGAAACGGCAGCAUGGUGGCAUCAAGAACUCGUUGAUUUCUAUCACAAAACCAUGAAGUUUGAUGGCAUUUGGAUUGACAUGAAUGAGCCUGCCAGUUUUGUCCACGGCACAGUUGGAGGGAAGUGUCUUGGUAAUCCACUUCUAGAGAACCCACCGUAUAUGCCACCUCUGGAUACUAAAGAAAUGGGCUUAAACCACAAGACUCUGUGCAUGAACAGUGAGCAGAUACUCAGUGAUGGAAAGAGAGUCAAACACUACGACGUCCACAACCUCUACGGCUGGUCCCACUCUAAGCCCACAUAUGAUUCCCUGCUGGAGAUUACAGGUAAAAGAGGCAUAGUGGUGACCAGGUCCACUUACCCUUCCAGUGGAAAAUGGGUUGGACAUUGGCUGGGAGACAACAACGCCAGCUGGGACCAGCUAUACAAAUCCAUUAUUGGUAUGAUGGAGUUCAGUCUGUUUGGCAUCUCCUACACUGGGGCAGACAUUUGCGGGUUCUUCAAUCCAACUGAGUAUGAGAUGUGUCUUCGCUGGAUGCAGUUGGGUGCCUUCUAUCCAUACUCACGCAACCACAAUGGCAAGGGUAACCCGCGACAAGAUCCCGUUGCUUGGGAUUCCGCCUUUGCUGAGAUAUCCCGGGACGUCCUGAAUGUCCGCUACACCCUCCUGCCCUACCUGUACACCCUGAUGUAUGAAGCACAUACCACAGGAAGCACUGUGGUCAGACCGCUCUUGCAUGAGUUUGUGCACGACAAAGAGACAUGGGCGAUACAUGAUCAGUUCCUCUGGGGACCCGCUCUACUUAUCAGCCCUGCACUAAAUAAGGGACAGCGAACUGUGUCUGGCUAUAUACCUGAAGGACGCUGGUAUGACUACUACACGGCUAAAGAAGUGCCGUCUUCCAAGCGCUAUAUCUCAAUGCCAACACCCCUUGACCAUAUUAACCUCCAUAUCAGAGGAGGAUACAUCUUACCCUGGCAGAAACCAGAGAACACUACACAUUACAGUCGGAAGAAUCCUUUAGGACUGAUCGUCGCCCUGAGUCCCACUGGAACUGCUGAAGGAUCGUUCUUCUGGGAUGACGGAGAUGGUAUAGAUACGGUGCAGAAAAACCAAUAUCUUCAGACAACCUUUAGCGCAGCAACGAAUACCUUGAGCUGUGACAUUGUCCACAACGGCCUGGCUGCUGCUGAUGAGCUAAACCUCGGUGUGGUGAAGGUUUGGGGCGCAGGCACUGUUCUCAUCAAAGGAGCGACCCUACGAGACUCGAAAGGAACGACUCACACACUGACCCCGCAACACAACGUUGAGAGUCAGGAGCUGAUUAUGGAUGCUACUUCAACGGCUUUUAAAGUAAAUCAGCCUUUUACCAUCACAUGGACGACCAGUGCCUGAAUGCAAUGCUGUGCUUUUACUAAUAAGUUAAUGAAUCUGUAAAUAAUAGUGCAUUAAUGAAGAAAAUGAAAUGUAUUUGAAUGUAAAGCCAGAAACUUUAAUGUGAUCAGCUCACCUAUCUAAUCCGAACUGUUUAUUGUAUUGUUUUUC